CUAGGGAUGUAACCUAUUGGAUGUAACUACCUAGCUGGAGCAAGCUAGCUGGAGCUGCUGCUAGUGGUGUGUCCUCCUCACGGCGCCCAGAAGAUCCAAGACCCUCGACUGUCUGUCCUCUAAACACCAAAAUCAGAUAUGUCUGACUUCUCAGAGGACCAGAUCAUGGAGUUCAAGGAGGCCUUCCUUUUGUUUGACCGCACGGGUGAGGGGAAGAUCACCUACAGCCAGUGCGGUGAUGUGAUGCGGGCCCUGGGACAGAACCCAGUCAAUGCUGAAGUGCUCAAAGUCCUGGGAAACCCCAAGUUAGAAGAGAUGAACCACAAGCUGCUGGAUUUUGAGCAGUUCCUGCCCAUGCUCCAGGCCAUUGCUAAAAACAAGGACCAGGGCUCGUUUGAAGAUAUCGUUGAAGGCUUGCGUGUCUUUGACAAGGAGGGAAAUGGCACAGUGAUGGGAGCAGAGCUGCGUCAUGUCCUCACCACACUAGGUGAAAAAAUGACAGAAGAAGAGGUGGAGACUCUUUUAGCAGGACAUGAAGACACCAAUGGAUGCAUUAACUAUGAAGAGCUCGUCCGGGUGGUGAUGAAUGGUUGAGGAUUUCAGAAACACACUUACAGCUUUAACUUUAUUUGUUUCUGAGUUGUUGUUUGUUUUGCAAUCAUUUCUCUUCUUCUUGUCCUUCCAUCUGUUACAUCCUACCUCCAACAUGUACUGUAAUGUUACCUUUAAUGUCUAAUGUGAAGAGACUCUUCUAUCUGAUUUCCUGACACGCAGGCACAAUCAGUCAUAGUAUUCCCAUUAGUCUUGUUGUCAUCAGCAUUUUUUUAGUUUUUUUUUGGAUGGUUAACGUUCCAAGUUACUUGAAAUAAAAGUAUUAAAUAAAAAUCA